GGUUAGAUAUUGACACGGGUCGAUGGGCUCAAUCUGUGACAGAAUGGCGUUCUUUGCUGCUGCAUUAUUGACCGUGAUUCUCCGCACUUCUUGUAUUGUCACCCAGGUAUUUCAUACGGUUUGGGCCCCAAUAUUCCUUCUAGCGACAUGGCCCAUCUUGGCUGCCAAUGAUAUUCACAUCUCUCGCCUGUGGUACUGGAUCAUAGAACGAAGAACAAGCCGUGAAGAAUGUGUUCAAGCGAAACAACCCUGAUCAACUCCGCCAGAAACUAAGAACUGCGCUGUGAGCCACAGCACCGACACGAAAGCAGAAACAUGACUCACCCUCGUGUCAUAUCAACUCGUCGGUAUCUCAGGUCCACACCACGGUCCGGAGGACUAUUACAUUUUAGGGUAAAAGGGGGUUGAAUAUUGGAUGCAAAGCAAACUACUUCGAGUACUCACAGCCAAAAUACAGUCUCGAGAGCAGCAAUCACGAUCCGAGUGGCAAGGCGAGAACUCAGCAGAACAGCCUCGCCCGCCGAGAACAGCUGGUGUGGCAUUAACAGACAUAGAUGCUGUCAAAGCAGCAACGACGACGAGGAAGGAGAAACGCAUUGGUUGUGUGAGGUAAUACGGGAUCUGGCAGGGAGGUCCCCGAAUGACUCU